GACAACUACACGGCUCUACACGUUGCAGUCCAAUCGGGCAAGGCUUCAGUGGUGGAAACGUUGUUGGGCUCUGGAGCUGACAUUCAUGUAAGAGGAGGCGAGCUGGGGCAAACUGCCCUUCACAUUGCCGCAUCACUGAGUGGACCUGAGUCGCGUGAGUGUGCGAUGAUGCUUUUGAAGUCCGGCGGACAGCCUGACGUCGCCCAGGAGGAUGGCGAGACCUGCUUGCAUCUGGCAGCUCGCAACGGAAACAAGGACAUAAUGAAGCUCCUGCUGAACGAGAACGCGAACCUGCACCUGAUGUCGAAUACCGGCGAGACGCCGCUGCACGUGGCCGCCAAGUCGUGUAACUACGAGGCUGCACAACUGAUCGUCACCCAUAUGGCACAAACUCUUAGCCCUGAGGAAAUUCGCAAAUACAUCAAUAAGCGGACUAAUGAUGGGUUUACAGCAGUUCAUUACGCGGCAGAGAUUACAACGGAUCAGCUACAUUUUCCUGGAGAAGAUGCAAAAUUGAUGAAUCUGCUGAUUGAUCACGGUGGACAGGUUGACCUGCAGUCGUUGAGCAGCAACGAGACAGCGAUGCACAUGGCCGCAAGGUCGGGAAAUCAAGCCGUGUUGUUGGCGAUGGUGAACAAAAUCGGAGCCGGAACGGUGCAAAUUGUGCAAAACAAACAGAGCAAGAACGGUUGGUCGCCACUACUAGAAGCGUGCUCCAGAGGCCAUACCGGUGUGGCGCAGAUUUUGCUGCAACAUCACGCUCGAAUUGACGUCUUUGACGAUAACGGACGAACUGCCCUCCAUCUGGCUGCGCUCAACGGUCACCUGCAAAUUGUGCAUCUCCUCUUGCAACAUAAAGCCUUCGUGAACAGGUCUGCUGGACAACAACUCGAAUUCAUUUUAGUGCCGUUGUGCUUCGCGGCAGCGCACAAUCACAUCGAAUGCCUGCGGUUCCUUCUGAAGCAGAAACACGACACCCAUCAGCUCAUGGAGGAUCGCCGAUUCGUUUUCGACUUGAUGGUUUGCGGCAAAGGCAACGACAACGAACCACUGCAGGAGUUCAUUCUCCAAAGUCCAGCUCCGAUAGAUACCGCUGUGAAACUGUCAGCCCUCUACAGAGAAGGAGCGAGCAAAGACCUUUCCAAUGUGGCCGUGUUUUCUGAGAACAUGGCUGUGGAGCUUCUCAGUAUAACUGCCACUGAAUACAAUGCAGCCAUUCUACUCAAAGCCAAAGACAAUCGAGGACGACCUCUGCUCGAUGUUCUCAUUGAAAACGAGCAGAAAGAAGUCGUCUCAUAUGCUUCAGUGCAGCGAUAUCUGACGGAGAUCUGGACGGCACGAGUCGACUGGUCUUUUGGAAAAACAGUUGCAUUUUCUCUGUUCGUACUGAUCUGUCCACCGGCUUGGUUUUACUUUUCUCUUCCCUUAGAUAGUCGCAUAGGUCGAGCUCCAAUCAUCAAGUUCGUCUGCCAUAUCGUUUCUCACGUGUAUUUCACAAUCCUUUUGACGGUAGUCGUGCUCAACAUCACCCAUAAAAUGUACGAGGUUACGUCCGUGAUUCCGAAUCCCGUGGAAUGGCUGCUCUUGUUAUGGCUGAGCGGUAAUUUGGUGUCAGAACUGUCAAAUGUUGGCGGUGGAUCUGGCCUUGGAAUAGUCAAGGUCCUAAUACUGGUACUGUCAGCGGCAGCCAUAGCCGUACAUGUGCUUGCAUUUCUUCUUCCCGCAGUGGUCAUGACCCAUCUUGACAACGACGAAAAGCUCCAUUUCGCCAGAACUAUGCUGUACCUCAAGAAUCAGCUAUUUGCCUUUGCUCUUCUUUUCGCUUUCGUUGAAUACCUCGAUUUUCUUACCGUCCACCACCUGUUUGGCCCAUGGGCUAUCAUUAUCAGGGACCUUAUGUACGACUUGGCUCGUUUUCUUGUUAUAUUGCUCUUAUUCGUUGCGGGAUUCACACUACAUGUAACUUCAAUUUUUCAGCCUGCUUACCAGCCACUCGACGAGGACAGCGCAGAGCUAAUGCGCCUUGCAUCUCCUGAGCAAACGCUUGAGAUGCUUUUCUUCUCACUAUUUGGACUUGUCGAGCCGGAUAGCAUGCCUCCUCUUCAUUUGGUGCCUGAUUUUGCAAAAAUUAUUCUCAAACUUCUAUUUGGUAUUUACAUGAUGGUUACGCUUAUUGUGCUCAUUAACUUGUUGAUUGCUAUGAUGUCAGAUACAUAUCAAAGAAUUCACAGGGCUCAAUCGACAGAGUUAGGGUUGAAAGUGAGAGUAUGUACCCAAAAAGCUCAACAGGACUUACGGUUUGAAGAGAAUAUCGACGCAUUCUCAAUGGGCGGCGGUCAUCAGGGCAGAACAAGCCCCACCAUGAGGGAAGAUGGAACAGUCUUCGACACUAUACGUGACAACUAUAGUCGAAAGCAGCAUCCUAAACCCGUAAUCUAUGAAGCUUAA